AUGCCGGCAACAGUGUUCUGGACCUACAAGGGAACAAACUUUCCUUCCAUUGCUAGCAAGGAGGCGUUAGAGGCCUUACCAGACUUUGAGAUCUGCGAUGACGACAUUGCUGUUGUGAGCUUCCCUAUAAGACAGGCCAUGUGGUUUAUGGAUGACAUUGCUCAUCACCAACUCCUGACCUCAGAUGACUUUGCUCAUCACCGACUCCCGACCUCAGAUGACUUUGCUCAUCACCAACUCCCGACCUCAGAUGACAUUGCUCAUCACCAACUCCUGACCUCAGAUGACUUUGCUCAUCAACAACUCCCGACCUCAGAUGACUUUGCUCAUCACCAACUCCCGACCUCAGAUGACUUUGCUCAUCACAAACUCCCGACCUCAGAUGACUUUGCUCAUCACCAACUCCCGACCUCAGAUGACUUUGCUCAUCACAAACUCCUGACCUCAGAUGACUUUGCUCAUCACCAACUCCCGACCUCAGAUGACUUUGCUCAUCACAAACUCCUGACCUCAGAUGACUUUGCUCAUCACAAACUCCUGACCUCAGAUGACGUGGCUCAUCACAAACUCCUGACCUCAGAUGACUUUGCUCAUCACAAACUCCUGACCUCAGAUGACUUUGCUCAUCACAAACUCCUGACCUCAGAUGACUUUGCUCAUCACAAACUCCCGACCUCAGAUGACUUUGCUCAUCACCAACUCCCGACCUCAGAUGACUUUGCUCAUCACAAACUCCUGACCUCAGAGGAAGCCUGUGAGGAUGCCAUGGUCGACUAUGUGUGGCUGGGGUUUCACUCCUGCACACGUGACAUGAGUUAA